UCUUGAUCGAGUGCAUUGAUCUCUAAAUGAUUAGUCAAGAAGAUAGUGUAUCUUAGCUUAUACGCUUUAAAAUAUACUAUGGUGCAUCCGAAUACACAUAACAGUUUAAUAUGAUGCUUAAAGUACUUGCAAGUAGCGUGCGAAACCGCGCGGCGAGCAACAAAUAUUUCUCGAGUGAGGGCAGAUUAAAAAGCUGCGGGCAUGAAUUUUGCACGGCCGUCGAUGAGAAUCGUUCGCCGUUGAACGGAGUACGAGUUCUGGAUCUGACGAGAAUCGUGGCCGGCCCUUACUGCACAAUGGUCCUGGGUGAUCUCGGUGCGGAGAUCUUGAAGAUCGAACGACCAGGCGACGGAGACGAGACGCGCAAGUGGGGCCCGCCGUUCUUCCAAGGAACGCAAGAGUCGACUUACUUCAUGAGCGUCAAUAGAAAUAAGAAGAGCGUUUGCAUUGACUUGAAGAAGGGCAAAGAUAUUAUUUACGAGCUGGCGCAGACAUGCGACGUCCUGGUAGAAAAUUAUGUACCGGGGAAGCUGAGCAGGAUGGGCCUGGGAUACGAAGAUGUGAAUAAGAUAGCGCCACGUCUCAUCUACUGCUCGUUGACUGGUUACGGAUAUAAUGGACCGUAUGCAAAUAGACCAGGUUACGAUGUCGUCGCUGCUUCCUUAGGCGGUCUUUUGCACAUUACCGGGCCCAAAAAUGGACCGCCGUGCAAGGUUGGCGUAGCGAUGACUGAUCUGGCAACAGGCCUGUACGCUCAUGGAGCAAUUAUGGCAUCUUUGCUACAAAGGUCGAAAACCAAUAAAGGCCAAUGGAUACAAUGUAAUCUCUUGUCAACUCAAAUCGCAAGCCUGAUAAACAUUGCGUCAAAUUACUUAAAUGGAAAUAAGGAGGCUACCAGAUGGGGAUCUGAACACGAAAGCAUAGUUCCUUACGAAGCCUUUCCCACGAAAGAUGGAUACAUGACGAUCGGAGUAGGAAGCAAUGCGCAAUUUCUCGAAUUAGUCACAAGAUUAGAAGUGUCAGAACUUACUACUAAUGACAAGUUUAAGAGUAAUACAGCUAGAGUUACAAACAGAAUGGAACUACUUGAGAUCCUUAGAGAUGUAAUUAAAAAGAAAACAAAUCAGGAAUGGUCUGCAAUAUUUACAGGGGCUUCGUUCCCUUAUGGAGCAAUAAAUACUAUAAGAGAGGUAUUCGACGACGUCCAUGUGAAACACAUCAAAUUAGUUCAAGAAGUAAAGCAUCCAGUUACGGGCAAAGUGAAACUUGUUGGACCACCUGUGACAUACAGCUACGCUACUAAUAUAGUGCGAUCAGCACCACCAACAUUGGGACAGCAUACAUCAGAAGUUUUAAAAAAUAUAUUAAACUACUCUGAUGAUAAAAUAGAGAAUUUGAUCAAACAAAAAAUUGUGCAAUAA